CAGGCGCCGAAGCGGACAGUGUUUGGACUAGGUUGGGCAUCCCCGCCUCCGUCGUUGCCGGGCUGUUAUCGUUUUUGGCAGGAGCAUGGCUGAGGUAGAAGAAACGUUAAAACGAAUUCAGAGCCAGAAGGGAGUGCAAGGGAUCAUUGUUGUCAAUGCAGAAGGCAUUCCCAUUAAAAGUACCAUGGACAAUUCUACCACCAUGCAGUAUGCCAACCUGAUGCACAGCUUCAUCCUGAAAGCUCGGGGUACUGUGCGAGACAUUGACCCCCAGAACGAUCUCACAUUCCUCCGCAUUCGGUCCAAGAAAAAUGAGAUUAUGGUUGCUCCAGAUAAAGAUUACUUCCUGAUUGUCAUCCAGAAUCCAACAGAAUAAUUUGCCAUAUUUUUGGUGCCAUUUUUUUUUUCCUUUAAAUUAAUAGUCUCCCUGAAAGAAAGCAUUAGUGUUCAUUCUCUCUCACCAUUGAAUGGCAUGUGGAAAACCAAACAAUGAUGUGGGGCUGGAUUUGCUGAGAUCAUGUGACCCAAGGCAUAGCCCAGACUGAUUUUCUUAACCUUUUAUCCACCUUGAAUCUUCAGAGGCUGGAAAUGGGGCCUUCAGCCAUCAGGAAGAAAUCCCUUUGUGGCAAGCUCAAUGGCCUGGAUGGGUGCUGGGCACCCAAGUUCCGAGCUUCUCUCUGUCCAGGCUCCUCCCCUUCUCCUGACAGUGACCUGAUGUGCACAUGAAACCCCCAAAAUUCAGGCUCUGGGCUUUAGGUUUUAAUUUCAUUGCUGUUUUGAAAGGCUAACUAAAAAUAACUGUACCAAUUA